AGAAUUCGCAAAGUAAAAUUUAUAACCUAAACGCGGCUUAAACAUGUUAUGACAUGUAUAUAUUUUUACUGAAUGUCCAACGGAAUCGUAGUGUUACGGACAAUGUUAGACAUGGUAUCACCUAAAGACAAGUGGAACAGUCCAAAUAGCUGGCACUAAACACCCGAGUCGAGAGAGAGACCAGUGUGGCUAGUACAAGACACGACAAAGAAGCUGUCAUUUUGUCGUUUUUUUUAAUCAAAUAACAUUGUACUAACGCAUUAAAUAUAUAUUGUAAAGUUAAAUUAGCGUUAGGGAUUGGGUAAAUUCACAAUUAAACCAGAAAAGGUUGUAUUUUUUAGGGUGAAAAGGCAACUCGCCGGUGCCCCUAGCUAGCAAACCAUGAAGCUGACUUUAAUAAGAUAAAAACUGAAGCGAGGUAUAAAUGCUCUCAGAAUAUUUUAUAGCGAUUUCCUUGUAAUAUUACACGCAAAUAUAUAUUUAUAUAUAUUUAUACAAUUGGCUGAGGUACAAAACUGAACGUUUAUUACAUCUUUCUCUCUCAAAGUUCUGUCAAGCUUUAUUUAUUUAUCUCCAUAAAUUUCCAAACUCCUUAAAGAUGAGGUUUAUGAUCUGUUUUAUUACCAAAUCUAAUGUAGAUGACAAAAAGUGCAGGUUAAUAUAAUAUAUAAUAUAGUAUAAUAAGUUAAUUCAUCAAUAUAAAUGCUAAUUAACCUUAAUCAAGGGAAGAUGCUCAAAGGGUUUGUGCUUUUUUUUUUCUUUUUCCAUAUUGUUUUAUCCCAACAGCAGUCUUCACACGUUUUACAACGCUGAUCUUUCCUUGUUUAAUUCAACUUUUAGUGUUUUAAACAUCAUUUUUUCGGACAUUGCUUUCAAAAUAGGAUUUGUGCCUGUUGUCAAUCUCUGACGGGCCGCGUCCCAAAUUGAUCCCUACUUCUCCUAAACGUACACUACGCAGUGUACAAACUCUAACGGUGUACACGUCAUAUCUAGUGCACUAGGAAGCGGUUUGGGACACAGCCACAGGUUUUUCUCCCCUCAACCUCGCCCUUGGCUUGAUUUUAAGCCUUCAGUACCCUUAUUUAUGUAUUUGUGACUGUUCAUUAUGCCAUUUGACACUUAAAAGCUUUAUUAAAAUGAAAUAAAACUGUUUUGAACCGAAUUAAGAUUUAAAAUCGUUGAGCUAACGUUACACAUCCUUGCUAGAUAGCAAAAUUAGCGUGGCGCGAGAUCGCGUCGCGAGACCAUUAAAAAAAGACAAGCUAGGUAGGUUAGCUUAGCUAGCUAUUUUCAUGAAACUCUCACAAAAACUUUAGUAAGGUAUUAAUAAAUGAUACAUUCAGCAUCAGAAUUACGUCCUACAAGAAAUAUAUCGUGUCUCAACUGUAGUGCAGUCACCAAUUUAUGUAAAAUAUGUAUAAAAAUGAUAUAAAAAUAUUUUAAUAACUUUUUGACGGUUGCUAGCUAAAUCUGAGUUGUUAGCUAGCUAUUAUCAAGUUUACAGGUUUUAUUGAGUCACUCAAAUCUUUAAAGGCCUGUUAAAUUUGAAAAUGGUGCCUCUUUAUUGUAUAAAAUGGUUCAUAUUUGAAUGUCACCUCUAUUUCUAGAGGUGUGGGAGAUUUUAGGAAUUGAAGGCUAGUUGAAAUAAUCUAGAUGCACACCUGUGCUUUGCUUUCAGAUUACUCUGAACCCAGAAGAUGGUAGACUCAUCCUCAGAGUUCUCCUUUUCCCUGGAUAACCUGUUCUUUGACAGACCAGUGGUUCAUAAAGUGAAGCCACUAUGUCAGGAGCAGAGGGUGUGGAAACUGGAUGCCGCCCCUGAAAUUUCAGCAAUCCCAGCGACUCAGGAGCUCCAGAAAGAGGCAGAAAGCUUGGCUUCUGCUGCUUACUCUCAGAAGCCAAAGAAGUUUUUCCCGCCUUUCCGAAGACCAGGCGUCAGCGUAGGACGGUGUGUCCAAAGUCAGACAGGUGAAGCAGAAGAUCAGCAGGUGAUUGAAGUGUGGAAAUCUGAAAUAUCUGUGUCUGGGUUCCAUCCCAGUGUGAGUAGCCAUCAGAGCUGCCCUGCUGCUUCGCAGAAUUCAGGAGAAACUAGACAUUUUCAUCCCACCGGCGCUCAACUCAAAACCCGGUUAUUUAAACCUCCCAUGAGGAAGUUCGACAGCGUUUCCAUUCCAGCGACGAACCAUCGCAGCGUCAGUUCGGUCGCUAUGGUGACGGACUAUCCGCUCCCGCCUCACGCCGUGGCUGCUUCCUGUAGCCCUUUCGGAGAGCUCAGCCAGACGGAGGGAUACAGCAAUCCGCAAAAAACCUGCUCUGUUGUUCGCCCUCUCAUUCCCAAGCCUCUUCAGAUACAAGGCGAAUCCGGAUCAGAAAUCCUCCGUCCCGUGUCUGAAAUUCCUGUUAAAUUCAGGAGCAUCUUCAGCGACUUCCCGUACUUCAACUACGUGCAGUCUAAAGCACUGGAUGAUGUUCUUUACAGCAGCAGGAACUUUGUUGCCUGCGCUCCCACCGGCUCGGGGAAAACGGUGCUGUUUGAGUUGGCUAUCAUUCGAGUGUUAAUGGAGACGACUGAACCUUGGCGUGAUGUCAAAGCCGUCUACAUGGCACCCAUUAAGGCUCUUUGCAGUCAGCGAUAUGAAAACUGGAAGCAGAAAUUCGGGCCACUGGGACUGAAUUGCAAAGAGCUGACAGGAGACACCGAGAUCGACGACUAUUUCGAAAUCCAGGAUGCCCAUCUCAUCAUGACAACACCAGAAAAGUGGGACAGUAUGACGAGGAAGUGGAGAGAUAACGUUUUACUGCACUCGGUCCGGCUCUUCCUGAUUGAUGAGAUACACGUGGUGAAAGACGUGACCCGAGGAGCGACUCUGGAGGUCGUGGUCAGCAGAAUGAAGACCAUGCAGUCGUACCGCACCGCUGAAGAUCCACACUCAAAGACCUGCAUGAGAUUUGUAGCAGUUUCAGCCACCAUCCCAAACCUACAGGAUAUAUCCGAGUGGCUGUCGGAUGACUCGGGUCCAGCCGCUUGUUUGAAGACGGACGAGAGCCACCGACCGGUGAAGCUGAGGAAAGUGGUGUUGGGGUUUCCGUGUGGAAACAACCAGAACGAAUUCAAAUUUGACCUCUCUCUCAACUACAAGAUGGCCAGCAUCAUUCAGACCUACUCCGACCAGAAACCUACGCUGGUGUUUUGUUCCACGAGGAAAGGAGUUCAACAGUCUGCUGCUGUGCUCGCCAAGGACGCCAGAUUCAUUAUGAGUAUUGAUCACAGACAGAGGCUGAUGAAAUAUGCCAACUCUAUUCUCGAUACCAAACUCAGAGAUCUAAUAAUGUGUGGUGUGGGGUAUCACCAUGCUGGUGUCAGUGUGUCGGACAGAAAACUGGUCGAGGAUGCGUUCACGGUCGGCGACUUGCCCGUCCUCUUCACUACCAGCACUUUGGCGAUGGGUGUGAACCUGCCCGCUCACCUGGUGGUGAUCAAAUCCACCAUGCACUACGUCGGCGGAGCGUGUGAGGAGUACAGCGAAGCCGACAUGCUGCAGAUGAUUGGUAGAGCAGGCAGACCACAGUUUGACACAUCAGCCACUGCUGUGAUCAUGACUCGAUCUCAGACUAGAGACAAGUACCUGCAGUUAGUGAGUGGUUCAGAGACCAUAGAGAGCAGCUUGCACACAAACCUGGUAGAGCAUCUGAAUGCUGAGAUUGUCCUUUACACCAUCUCUGACGUGAACAUGGCUUUAGACUGGAUUCGUUCCACGUUCCUCUACAUCCGAGCUUUGAAGAAUCCCAAACACUAUGGUUUUUCUCCUGAUCUCGACAAAUGUGGAAUUGAAACCAAACUGCAAGAGCUUUGUCUAAGAAACUUGAACGCACUGGCUUCCUAUAAUUUGAUCACAAUGGAUGAGGACAUAAACAUCAAACCUACAGAGAGUGGGAAGCUGAUGGCGCGAUACUGUGUUGCAUUUGACACCAUGAAGCAGUUUAUGAAGGUGACGGGUACAGAAACCUUGUCUGAAUUGGUUGAUAUAAUAUCGAAGGUGAAGGAGUUCAGUGAUGUCCAGCUGAGAGUCAGUGAGAAAAGAACCCUGAACAUGCUGAACAAGGAUAAGAACAGGGUCACUAUCCGCUAUCCAAUGGAGGGAAAGAUCAAAAGCAAUGACAUGAAAGUUAACUGUUUGAUUCAGGCUCAGCUGGGCUGCAUCCCGAUUCAGGAGUUUGGACUCACACAAGACACUGGGAAGAUUUUCAGGAGUGGAAUCAGACUAAGCAGAUGCCUGGUGGAGUUUCUCGCUCAGCACUCCAAGAAGAAUUUCUCAGCCCAACUUAACGCCGUGAUUCUGGCCAAGUGCUUCAGAGCCAAGCUGUGGGAAGAUUCACCCUACAUCUCCAAACAACUGGACAGGAUUGGUUUAUCUCUGGCUAAUGCAAUGGUGAAUGCAGGACUGACUUCAUUCAGCAAGAUUGAAGCCACCAAUGCUCGAGAACUGGAGCUGAUCGUGAACCGACACCCUCCGUUUGGAAACCAGAUCAAAGAAGCCGUCAGCAGACUCCCAAAAUAUGAAGUUAGUCUGGAACAGCUUCCCCGUUACAGUGUCUCCACAGCAGAGAUCGUUAUCACAGUGAACUUGAAGAACUUUGAGGAGCUCAUGUUGAAAAGGACUGCACCGGACCAUCAUUAUAUCACACUCCUAAUCGGAGACCGUGACAACAAUGUCGUCUUCCAGCAGAAGAUCUCAGACACUUUACUGCUGAAGUCUGGAAGCUGGUCGAGAAGGAUCGAGGUGACGAGAACACCUACUGGAGAUGAGAUCAGCAUCAAUUUAAUCAGCUCUGAGUACGUGGGACUGGAUAUCCAACAGAAAUUCAGUGCCUUCUACUCAGGAGCAAAGACGUUUAGAGCUGAAUCGUGUGGAGCAGAGAGUCCAGCGUUUAUGAGGAACACGAGAGAAACCCCACAGAGAAGAAACACCUCCACUGAGAAACCUGCCACAGCACGAGCUCCAGUCCAGAGAGAUCGAUUUAAACCAGAUCCCGCUCAGAUAGAUCCCAGCAAACGGCAGUGUAACCAUUUUUGUAAAAACAAGCAGCUCUGUGGUCAUGAAUGCUGCAAAUUUGGCGUACAGAAAAUGAAGAUGAAGAGUGAGGAAGAGGCCAUCACCCUGCAGCAGUUCUCCUAUACACCGAAAGAACCAAUGCCUGCUGCUACAUGGAUUCAGAAACGUCUUGCUACACCUCAGCAGCAGGCGUAUUUUGAGCCACAUCAUGAUGAAUACAACGAGAACACUGAAGAUUUUUAUUCCGAGAUGCACGACGCAGUGGAGGAGCAGGUCUUCCAGACUAACGCUAACACUGCAUGUCACAAUGUUUCCAUGAGGACAGAAGCCACAAAGAGAGCACUGAGCAGAAUCCCUCCCAGUGAAGCCACAGCUCACGGCUCCGUCUCACACGCUGACCUCAGCACCGACAGCGGCUUUUCACCCGAAGUCCUCAACGUGACCUUUGACCUAGCGCUGGACGACUGGGAUGAUUUCAGUGAUGAUAACUUCAUGACAGCUUGUGAGGAUUCGUACCAUCAGGGGCGUGGCUCUGCUCAGACAACAGAUCGUCUGAUUUCAGCUUCUCCUAAUCCAGGAUCACUGAGACCUCAAACACCAUCAAGGGUUGGAUGUGCAGCUCUGUCGCCACAAAAUACCACAAAAGUGAGUUUUACUACAAAGAGAGCGUGUCCGGAAUUUUCUGUCAGCUCGGUGAAACAGCCGCUAAGAAAACAGAGCGAAAAUUUCUCCCAGGGGGAACGACUGAGGUUUUUCACAAAGAGAGAUUCAGCGGACGAGAAGCACAAAGACACCGGCAGGAGUCAGACGGACGAGGACAGAGAGGUCGACAUGUUCCUCGGUAUAUUUGAUGGAAUUUUCUAGACUGUCUUGUGGUUGUUGGUAAGGUUUAUUAUCUUAAACAGUAAUAAAGUUGUUAGUUAAUUAAUUAAGUGGUUAAUUGGUUAAUUAGUUAAUAGAAAUGUUCUAUAUUACUAUACAAGCAUACAGUAUUUCUAUAGCGAAAAUUAUUUUUCAUGAAUUUGUUUAUUCAAAAUGUCAUGUAAGUUCUUCGCCUGUGAAAUGAGUCAUGUUGUAAAGUUCAUAAAAUUUUGUAAAGUUUGUAAAAUUAAUGCAUUUAUUUAUCUAAAAAUUUUACGCUAGGUAUGGUGAGGUUAUGUUUACACGCAGCAAGGAUAAAAAUACAUAAAUAAAAAUUCUUUUAUGUAAUAUAACACUAAUUUCACUGGAUUAAUUUAACAUUUUACGUUGUUAUUGCGUUACGUAAUUUUUAAAAAUUUAAUAAAUUGCAUGUUUUAAAAGUUAAAUAAAAGAAAUAAAUACAGCAAAGUU